AAAGCCCUGGGGUAUAAAUAGCUCUGGAGAAAAGCCUUCAUCAUGCUAUUUACUGCUCCAGACACAGUGAGCAGCCAUGAAGACCUUAAUCUUCUUUGCCUUGCUUGGAGCUGCUGUUGCUCUCCCCGUGCUUAAUGAUGAUGAUGACGACAAGAUUGUUGGCGGUUACACCUGUAAGAAGAAUUCUCUCCCCUACCAGGUGUCCCUGAAUGUUGGCUACCACUCAUGCGGUGGUUCCCUCAUCAAUUCACAGUGGGUUGUUACAGCAGCUCACUGCUAUAGCUCCCGAAUUCAGGUGCGUCUGGGAGAACACAACAUUGAUACCCUUGAGGGUGGUGAGCAAUUCAUUGAUGCAGCUAAAAUCAUCAAACAUCCCAACUAUAACUCAAAUACCAUUGAUAACGACAUCAUGUUGAUUAAACUGAAGUCAGCUGCCACCCUCAACUCGAAAGUGUCUACCAUCUCUCUGCCAAAAUCCUGUGCGUCAUCUGGCACUAAGUGUGUUGUGUCUGGCUGGGGCAACACCCUGAGCAGUGGCACCAAUUAUCCCUCGCUCCUGCAGUGUCUGGAUGCCCCCAUCCUCUCUGACAGCUCUUGUAAAAGCGCCUACCCAGGCCAGAUCACCAGCAACAUGUUCUGCCUGGGCUAUCUGGAGGGUGGAAAGGACUCCUGCCAGGGUGACUCUGGUGGCCCCGUGGCCUGCAAUGGACAGCUCCAGGGCAUUGUCUCCUGGGGUUAUGGCUGUGCAGUGAAAGGAAAACCUGGUGUGUACACCAAGGUCUGCAACUAUGUGAGCUGGAUUCAGAAGACUAUCGCUGCUAACUAGAUACCUUUAUCUCUUCAUUAAGCCAUCUCUUCCUAGUCAAAUUCCCCUCCUUCUAAGCCCCCAUCACAAUAAAACCAUUUUCUUCUUA